GCCAUGUUGGAUUUGGCGAACGUCAUUUCUAUUUAAGGAAAAGAUCCUCGAUUUCUUACAAAUUUCAUAAUCAUCUUGAAAAAAAAACUAGUGAAAAUUAAAAACAGAAAACAAAAAAAGCCGUUUUAGUUAGUUGCGUUUAAUCUCGUAACGGAAAAGUCAUAGUGGUACUGCCUUGCUCCCGCUUUAUUUUUAGUACAAGGUCGUGAUUUGCCGCCUUAUUAGUUGUUUUCGUCAGACAAAUGUGGUUUCUUGUUUGCGUUUCCGAGAAUAUUUAUUGAGUUCGCUUUAAAUAAUCGUAUUAAAGAUGGUGGAUGUGGACAAGUUGUCCGAUGCCGAGAUACGGACAAAACUUCUCGAAUUUGGUUUUCCUGUUAUGCCGAUUACGGGAACCACGAGGAAGGUGAUGGUAAAAAAACUCAAAUUGCUGCUUGAGAACAAGGACAGAAAAGUAGGUUCUUCAGAGGGAAGAAGAUCACUCGGUCGCUACUCCAGUGAAGAAGAAAGUGACAAUGAGGCGAAACGAAUUAAAAAAGAUAAAAAUCGCCGGGCUACAAUGGCAGCUCCAAUUUCCCAAGCCCCAAAGACUGCAAAGAAGAUUGUAGAACCUGAAGUUGCUUCAAGCAGCCCGAACAGGCAAAUCCGAAACGCCACGGUCACCACUACGACGCGAACGCAGCGAAUUGUGAGAACGAGCCAGGAUGAGUUUGAUACGGGUUCCGACUCUGAGUCAGACAUUGUGGCUUCAUCUAGAUAUGACUCGGCAAUCGAUGGUGAUUACAAAAGAAGCUCUCCUGUCAAAUCAACAUUGUCGAAUUUGUCUGACCGCCCUUACUCGUCUCCGAAAUCGGACGAUACUCUUUACACUACCGUACGAAACAUAUACUCAUCGCAGACUUCGCCAGCGAGACACACUUCCUUCGGAUCACCUUCACUCGCCUCGGAGUAUGCCGCGGAUAAAUUAAACCAGAUGCGGAACAGAUUGAGCCUUGGAAGUCCUGGUUACGAGAGGCCAAGCUAUUCAUCCCUGGCAACGGCCAACGAUCAGGAUGACAAAGCGGAAACUCCGUUUUUGAGCAAUUUCACAAGGCGCCUCUCCGCGCUCUCGUCUUCGAGGAACGCCGAUUUAAAUAACAGAAACGACUUGGUCAAAGAGCACGACACCAACGGCUCCUCCCCAUACGGCCCGAAAGCUUAUUUGUCCAGUUUCAGGUCGACGAGACGCGAACCCCUUUACGAUUACAAGAACGGCCACUUGAGCGGCAAGAGCAAUUUUGUGUCUUUCGCGGUGCUGGCCGGUGCCGCGUUGUUUUUCAUAUUCCUGGCGGUCAUUUAUCUGGGAAUGAGAUCGGACACCGCGAUUGUCACUUCCGGGUACAUCACGCCCGCGUGUCACCUGGGCGACCCGCAGAGCAAAAAGGGCGUCAACUGUGUUCACGAGGAUGACGUGAAGAACGUGCUCAACCUACUCAACGUCUUACGUCCAGAGCUGCUCAAAAGGGCGGUCGCGCAUCGCUGCUUCGACCCCAAGAUCAAGCCGCACAUGACCGAGGCGGAAAUCGUGACGUACUGCCAAACGAAUUUCGGCAUCAAGGACGCGUACAUGAUCAAAAACGACCUGAGAAAUUUGGAAAUUAUGAUUUUUUUCAAUCCUGAGUGGGGCGUCAGCGUCGUGCAAACGGAGAGCAACGAUGGGGGCGUGUUCGAAGAGAACGCGGCUAAAAAUAUGGAGCAGGUGGUGUUCAACAACGACUCGAAAAUCACGAGUCUGGUGAUUUUCAAGCCCGACUUACCGUGGCGCUGUUCCAUGUACCAGACGCUGUCGUCGCUAGUGAAGACCGUCGCCGCUGUGGGCGCGAUAUUCGCAGUCCUUUACUUCGGCGAUCUCGGCUUCAAGUACUACCGACGCCACGAGCAAAGGCAGAAGGACGAGGUGAACUUCUUGGUGGAGCGGAUCAUCGAGAUAUUGCAGAACGCGAGCGAGGAGCCCGGCGACAAUUUCGUGGUAAUCAAUCACGUGCGCGACAUGAUUCUGACAGUUAAAGACCGUAAAGAAAAACGCGGCAGCUGGGCGAAGGCGGUCAAGUACAUCAACGAGAACGAGUCGAGGAUCCGCACCGAGGUGCAGAGCGUGCAAGGCGAGUCCUUCGAGGUGUGGAGGUGGAUCGGGUCGGCCAGCCUUAACCGUAGCGGGACAAACCACCAAUACAGACCGGGACGUCGUAUAGUCGACGUACGGUACCUGAUCGAGCACGUGCUCAAAUUUCCACACGCUAAGCUUCGUUUCUGUCGCUCGGACGACGUCGCCAUAGAGCACGAGGUCCGCGAAGGAUUUUUCUCGAUCUACUUGCUGAGAUGCUCCAGAUGCGCAAAGAAACACGCCGUGUGCAGCGAAGAACCGAAAUCGGAACUGCUGGACGUUAACCUCGCGACGGUCGCGGGAAUCGUGAGCCUUGGUCUCAGCCUCUACCAGCUCAACGAGCUCUGCUCAGCGAUACACGUACCGCCUGUGACAGGAGAAGAAUACGAGCAAUAUUUAGACGAGUUACACCAGAUAUACGAUGCCACCAGGACGACAAGCACCGAGGGUAGCUUUACAUGCGUGCGCAGUUCCACUCCAAUCGAUAAAACGGACGGCUCGAGCGCCGAAGCGAAAAGGGAGAAGUUUCUUACCGAACUAGGGAAGGACGUGGACAGGAUCGAGAUAAUGACGCGAGGACAGACCGAUAACGACCUCUGGGCGGUCGAGCGUAGGAAGAGACUGACCGCGUCUAAUUUCGGAAGGAUUUACAAGAUGCGCGACGCGACUGGCCGCGAAGCCAUCGUCAAAGAAUUGCUGGGCUCGGGGUUCGUCGGCAACGUCUACACCCGUUACGGUCGCGACAACGAAGCGGUAGCGUUGAACGACUUUCAGAUGGCUACAGGCAAGACGGUAUCGCCGUGCGGACUGUUCGUCCACAAGGACUACCCGUUUUUGGCGGGCAGCCCCGACGGUAAGGUAGACGGCGAGGACGCCCUCGUCGAGGUUAAGUGUCCCUAUAAGGCGCGCGACUCGACUGUCGAGGAGGGCGUGGCUCGCGGCGACAUCCGAUUCGUCACUUGGAACGACCGGCGGUUGACGUUGAACCGAGACGACAAGUAUUAUUAUCAAGUGCAGGGUCAGCUGUUCGUGACCGGCAUGGCAGGGUGCUACUUCGUCGUCUGGACACCCAAGGCGGUGGCCUACGAAUACAUAGAGGCGGACCGCGACUGCUGGAAUCAGAUGCUUCCCAAGCUGAAGGCGUUUUAUUUCGAUCACUUGCUUCCCGCGAUUUUAAGCGAGGUUUAGGGAUUGGAAUUUUUCAUGGGUGGUGUUUUAAUAUUCCCUGCAUCUUGAAAAUCGGAUAAAACUGGGGACACGAUUAAGACGCAUGCUCUAUUCUGAAGAGUGAACAUUUUACUUGUAGACUGGAGCAGAAGAAGAAAAGCUGCCCUUUUAAUACCCCGCUAACUCUAAAAGUGUACCAUUACUAACCAGCGUUAAAGAAACUUUUACUGUGAAGCAAAUCAGAAGAAGAGUACAGUGUUGCUUAACAGACGCUCUAGGUCUAAAACCCGUACAAACAGAGAGAAAGAAAACACACCGGGGUAUUUUUAACACACUCUAAAAUGAAGUAGUUAUACAGAACAAACCAGGCUAUGUGCUUUAUAACAUACACUGUCUCUAAAGAUGCAGUUUUAGACGUAGAAUUAACCAGUAACGUAGGUAUAGUAGUUAUAACAACACCAUGUAUAGUGCUUAUAAAAAUAAAUAAAUAUUAAAAAAAGUCGGAGCAGAUCGUUUUUUCCUGUAUUCGAAAUUGGCAAAUGUCGGGGCAACGCCUGUGUCCAUAAAAAUAAAUAUAAAUAUGAAAAGUAUUUUUGACUAAUAGUCAGAAAGCUAACAUUUCUCGAUUAAAGUGAACGUCGGCCGUAUCGGUGGGUGUAGCCGCGGCGGCUACCAAUGUACAACAAUUAUUUUUAAAAAAUAUUAAGAAAGGGCAUAAUUUAUAUAUUAAUCAUAUUGUAUCAGCUGAGUGGUAAAAUUAUAUCAAGAAAGCUAAAAUUUGUUGAAGAAAUAGUUAACUUCAUUAGUUUUAUGGUUUUAUGGUGGAAGAUCAGCCGAUGCGAAUUUUUAAAAUAUCCUGCAUUUUUUCAAAGAGCCCACUUAAAAAUUUUUCCUUUCUUGUUGAAGCAAAAUAAGCAAAAACUCAUAACGUUCGACAUAUUCGCAAUCUCGAGCUUUAUGUAACAGCCCCGAGUUAUAACGGUCGAACAAUGGUUUAUCGUUCUGAGGAUAUUACCUAGAUAAAGUCACUUAGUAAAUAUAUAAAAUAGUAAAUAUAACAAUAACAAUAAAUUGAAUUAAGUGAAGGCACUCAAACGGAACACAUCAGCACCAAAUGAGCGUGUUGCACGCUUUCAGCAUUCCAAUAAGGGGUGAAUAAAUUCCAUAAUUUGCGCGAACAUUGAGCUAUCACAGCUUCUAUAAUAUGCGUUAAAUUGUAUGCUGUGUAAAAGUGCUGGACCAACAAAUUUCUGCUUUCUUGGGCGAGGUUUUCGGUUUUCCUACGUCCGUCAAAUGUUUAUCGGUCAUCGGUAACUCUUU